ACGUAAAAAACCCUGCCUACUGAAAGUGAAGUUGAAAAACAUUCCGGGCGGUGGGAAACCUUCCUCACUGGAAAGUACCCCCUCGAAAGUCUAGAAGUGAAAUAAAAGGAGAUUCCGGGAAGCAGGGCGGAGCGAUGAGAAGCGAAUUUGAAAACAGAGGGCCAGUUUCGACGAGAAGCGAAUUUGAAAACAGAGAGCCAGUUUCUUAGCAGCGGUACUGAAUUGGGCCGAUGUUUCGAUAAAAUCCGGUCAUAGUAUUCCUCCUCCUCGGCCGCCUUGAGAGCGGCGCCUCCCGCCCGCAAGUGGCCCGGGCCGAGCUCUCUUUCUUUCUCUCCUUUCCUCAAUAUGAAGCCUGAGGUCGACGCAAGGAGUUUGUCGAUAGUCCCUUUGCUCCUUCAUCUCCACUGGCAUUUUGACACUCUUCAUUGAUCGAUCGAUUUUGCUCGUUCAGCUCGUCGUUCAUUCAUGUUCAAGUUGCUGAGGCUUCCUCUCCGGCUUCUUUCCGGCUCGUGCCGGGGCCUCUCUCGCAACUUAAGUAGGAGCAAUGUCACGUUGGUGGAAUCUGAACAAUGGCGUUCUUCCUACCUAAGAGGUUACGGGCAUUUAGCACUUCUGGAACAGUCAAGAACAAGGCAGAUGAAUGUUCAGAUUGUGGAUGCAUUACGCUUUGGGGAUGAGGGGAAGGCUUCUUGUUUGCUUUGGAAUAGUGAUUGCAAACAGUUAUCUGCUGAGGAUCUUCUCCCCAUUCUUGGGUACUGUUCAACGGCCCCUAAGCCACUGUUUGCGAUGGAGGUAUGGAAAUUCAUGGAUGAAAAAAACAUUAAAGUCAACCAAAAUUGCUCAACGCUUAUGCUUCUCUCUUUGAUUAAAAGUGGCUAUCUAGAUCAGGCACUUAAUUGGUUGAAGCUGCUUGGGAAGAGUCAUCAAACAAAGCCUCAUCUGUCCAUUUUUAAUGCCUUCUUGCGUAGUUGCAACCAAAAUUCAGACCUUGCAAAUGAGUGUUUGCAACUGAUGGAUGAACAAUUUAUUGGCAGGUCUGAGGAAACCUAUGGAGAGCUUCUUAAGCUCGCUGUUCAGCAGCAUAAUCUCGUUGCAGUUAAUGAAAUUUGGGAGGAAUACAGAAAAUACUACACACCACGACUUGUCUGCAUCCACAAAUUUAUAUGUGCUUUUUCAAAACUAGGGGACUCAAGAUCUGCAUAUGAUACCUUGCAAUAUAUGAUCAAAGCGACAUGUCCAGCUGCUGCAGUUAAAGUGCCAUGGAAGCAGCGACGUUAUGCAUCAAGACUUGAUAUUCCAAUACCAUCCAUCAAUCAGCAUUCAAUUUCAUUGGGCUCUGGAGUAGCCGGUGAUGAUUCUGUUGAGUCUGUGCCUAGGAGUAGUGUAUCUGAUGCAGAGUUGAAAGCAGACACAAUUUUGAGUAACUGUGAUGGUAAAUUUGGUGAAAAUGAUUGUGUCUUUCCUACCAUGCCACAGGAAGUAUCCCUUCAGGAGAACCAAUUUUGCAGAGAAAAUGUUGUGCUUAAUUCUAGCAGUGAAGUUCAGUAUGGCUCAAUGAACCCAGUCAUAUGUGGAAGUACAAAUGUAUCUCCUGUGCAAUGGGGGCUCUCAGAGCGGCUUAAGAAGUUGUUGGUACUGUCUUUUAACAAUGUAAUUCAAGCAUGUGGACAGUCUGAGGACUGUGAAAUGGCUGAGAGCUUACUGCAACAGAUGACAGACCUUGGAUUAAAACCAUCGAAAAACACUUACAGGGGUCUGCUUAGAGCUGUUGUCUCUGUUAAAGGCAUUACCUGGGGCAUGCAAGUGGUUGAAGCAAUGAAAAUGAAAAAAUUGGCUCUUGACAAUGCACUGCUUUCAAUCGUUGCUGUGGGUUACAGCAAAUGUUUGGAAUUGGAUUUAGCUGAAGGCAUGCUGAAUCAAUUGGACGACAAUUCACCAAAGUACAUCUACCCAUUUAACUACUUGCUUGCUGCUUGUGAGAUUCAGGAUGAGCCUGAACGGGCAAUUCGUGUCUUUGAAAAAAUAAAACAUUUGAACAUCAAGCCAAAUAUUAGGACGUAUGAGCUGCUGUUUUCUCUACUUGGAAAGGUGAAUGCACCAUAUACAAAGGGGAAUAUGCUGUCACAGAUUCAUGUUUCAAAGCGCAUACAAGCUGUUGAGAUGGAUAUGGCAAAAAAUGAAAUUCAACAUAGCGCAAAAUCAUUGGAGAAUCUGAUGAGAGUCCUUGGAGCUGAAGGUUUGAUCAGAGAGAUGAUUCAUUACCUUGAUGUAGCAGAACACUAUGUCACUGGAAAUGAUGCAUCAGCAUUUACAGCUAUGUAUAACACAGUACUUCAUGAGCUAGUUGAAACAAAGGAAAGUUACAAGGCGGCUGAAAUUUUCAGAAAAAUGAAGCUAUUUAAGAUUCCUUGCACCACUAUGACAUACAAUAUUAUGAUACACUGCUGCAGUAUGACUAGAUGUUAUCGUUCUGCAUGUUCCCUCCUGGCUAUGAUGCUGCGUGAUGGACUCCAACCGGUUAUUCAAACUUUUACUUCUCUUAUAGAGACAGUGGCAGGUCAAAAUUUUCUUGAAGCAUUGUACUUUCUGGAUCAAGCAAGCUCUGCAGGAAUCAAAUCUGAUGUCGUACUUUACAAUGCGAUCCUUGAAAAGGCAUAUUUUAAGCGUCGACUGGACAUACUUGAGCUCAUUAUUGAGCGGAUGCACCUGGAGAAAGUUCAACCUGAUCCCACUACUUGCCGUUAUGCAUUAUGUGCUUAUAUCUAUCAUGGGUUUCAUAGUACUGCAGUGGAAGCACUGCAAGUACUAAGCAUCUGGAUGAUAUCACAAGAUGAAGAUAAGCAGCAGGAAUUUCGUUCGAAGUAUGAGGAUCUUGUGCAGAGUGAAGACCCAGAAGUUGAGCACCAGAUAGUGGAGAUUUUCAAGGACUCCAAGGAAUAUUUGGCUGUUGCACUCUUAAACCUGAGAUGGUGUGCACUUAUGGGGGUUUCACUAUCAUGGCUACCUGCUGAAAGUCCCUGGGCUAGAAGGCUUGCUGGUUCCUGUGGCAAAACUGAAUAUUAACAUUGAGGUGGUUUAGCUAAAAUCAGCACCUAGUUCAAGGGUGCCCACUCUAAAAUUUAGCACAGCCAACCAAAUUGUGAAGAGCACGUGCCACAUUUUUCAAUGGCAACCUAUCAGAAGCUCGGGGAAUCUUCUCCAGGUGGAUUUGUUGGAAUUCAAGGUUCUGACCUCUAACGCUCCCUGAUUUCCCAUCCCAAGGGGCUCCAAAGCAACUUUGCACAAAUAUUCAGGUCCCUUGAUCACAAAUAAAGGAUUAAGGAUUUUUCAGAAGUGGUUUACAACACCUAUCUGCACAAGCUGUAGAUAUAUUCUCAUCAAGAAAUCAUGCAGAUAAAUGACGUCUGCUGGGGUGCGGUCUUUCUUAGAUAUGCAGAGAGAAAAUAAUGUUGCUUGUGUCAUUCUGCCUCUGUUGUAUCAGUUUGACCAUUUUUUGGAUGGAGCCGAGGUGUAUCCAUUCGCAUUUGUCUGAUUAUGUUUUUCUUCUGUAAUUUAUUCGCACAUUUGAUGCUUACAUAUGAAAUUCUAGUGAAUGGAAUAAACCGUUCCUAAUGAUAAACAAGCGACAAACUUGGGCA